GAGAGAUUCCUGCUUGAGUGUUUUCUCCGUUUAUGAAAUACUCUGGAUGGCUGAUUAUAAGCGCGCAGAAAACACCUCUCAGUCCGCAGAUACUCAGAUGUGCGCCUCUUUGGUGCGAUAAAGCGGAUAUUUUCUUCAUCUUUUUUUUUUCUUUAAUUUUUUUUUAAAAUAUUUGGAGUCACAGCGAAGAGAAGCCACUGCUGACAUUGCUGCAAGAUGAAAUACAAAAACCUGAUGGCCAAAGCAUUGUACGACAACAUGCCGGAGUCCCCGGAGGAGCUGGCCUUCCGGAAAGGGGACAUCCUGACCGUCAUUGAGCAGAACACGGGUGGCCUGGAGGGCUGGUGGCUCUGCUCUCUGCAUGGCCGCCAAGGCAUCGCCCCGGGCAACCGACUGAAGCUGUUGAUUGGGCCGAUGUUCGAGGCCCAAUCACCAACCGCCGCCGCUGCCGGUGCCCAGUCUCCUCCUCAGAGCUCGGCGUAUCAGCAGAAGGCAGGUUCAGGGGCACAGGGGAUCUACCAGGUGCCACCGUCCCUCCAGAGUUCACAACAGAACCAGCAGAGCAUCUACCAGGUUCCUCCAGGAAAAGACAUCUACCAAGUCCCGCCGAGGAGCGCUCUAGCUGCUGAUAACACGCCGAGCAAGGUGGUGACCCCGACCAGAGUGGGACAGUCCUACACCUACAGCCCCGGUCAGCACAACCAGCAGGACCUCUAUGAUGUCCCACCCAUGAGAUCACAGGGGGUGUAUGAUAUCCCACCUGGUCAGAUGUUCUCGGGACAGCAUGGCAGUGCCCGAAACCAGGGAGUCUAUGAUGUGCCCCCGUCUCAAAUGGACCCCAGGACACAAGGCAUUUACGACAUACCUCCCUCCUCACAAGGGGUCUACUCGGUGCCUCCCUGUAGGACCAACCCUGCCCUCCAGGAGGGAAACUAUGAUUUCCCACAGCCUCUCAAGCACAAACAGGAGGGUAUCUACGACAUACCGCCACCUGCCCUCACCAAGUCCACACAGAGCCCCCAGUCCCAUUAUGAUUUCCCCCCCACCGUGGAGCCUGCUGCCCAUCACCAACACCCGAAUGCCAAUGGCAAUGAAGGCAUUUACGACGUACCUCCACCCACCCUUCCCUCAGGGGCAGGGUCUCAGAGUCACAGUGACGUAUACGACGUCCCCCGGGGCAUGCAGCCCUCCCAGCACAAAACCUUGCACGCUGACAGAGACGGAAGCAAAGGCGUGUACGACAUCCCGGCUCAGGAUGCUCGCGCAGUCGGAGACGUGACGGAUGGCGUGAACCGUCUGUCGUUCUCCAGCACCGGCAGCACACGCAGCAGCAUGUCCACCUCCUCGUCCUCCACGGGCUCCAGCUCUGAGGGCCGCCUGACUCUGGACUUGGAUGCUGCUGUGCAGAGGUUGCACCGCCUGCAGCAGGCUAUGGAGGCCUCAGUCGGAGCUUUACACUCCAUGGUGGCAUCCCCUCACUGGAGGACUUUUCCCUUCAUGGAGCGCCAUGCUAACGACGUGCGCACAGUGCUAGACAGGGUCCGGGCGACCCUGGGGGACUUCAUUGUGUUUGGUAGAGGGGCUGCAGCAAACGCUACAGCUCUAUCAGACUCCAGCCUCCACAACAAGCUGAGAAGGCAGCUGGCACGCCUAGAGGACUCACAGCAGAUUCUUUUGCAGAUCUACCAAGUCCUGGAGAAUUGCAACUGGGCUCCGAACAUGCUGGUAUCCUCCACCAGCAGUAAGCAUCACAACAAGAGCGACGACCUGGACCGCUUCGUGAUGGUUUCCAGGACUGUGCCGGAUGACGCCAAGCAGCUGGCCUCCACGAUAGGCAGCUGUGCUGAGCUGCUGUUCAGGCGGACGCACAUGGACGGGUCUUUCUCUAUCGGGAGCACACCUGAUGAGAACAUGAUCCACCGACUCACCUCCCCCUCCUCAGACAAUGACAACUACGGGGGCCCGACUAAACCUUUCCCUGUGCCCUCCAGCCAAGACAAAGACAACAUGAACAACAGUGAGAAGUGUGUAAAAAGCUGGAUGGAGGACUACGACUAUGUACAUCUGCAGGGCAAAGACGACUUUGAACGACAGCAGAAGGAACUGUUGGACAAAGAAAACAUCAUCAAGCAGAGUCAAGUCCAGCUGGGACAGGAACAGAUCAAUCAGUUCAAGAAGCUGGAGCAGGAAGUGAUCAAACCAGUGGAGAACGACAUCUCACAGUGGACGUCACACCAACACUCAGGUAUAACCUCGGCCUCCCCGUCGGACUCCUCCCUGUCACCCACCACUCAUGUGUGCACGCGGGACCGCCAGCUGCUCGGCUUCUACUCCGAGCAGUGUGAGCAGCACUUCGUCACGCUCCUCAGCGCCGUGGACGCCUUCUUCAGCUGUGUCAGUGCCGGGCAGCCUCCCCGCAUCUUUGUGGCGCACAGCAAGUUCGUCAUCCUCAGCGCCCACAAACUGGUCUUCAUCGGAGACACUCUGUCCAGGCAAGCCACAGCUCCCGAGGUGGCCAACAGGGUCAUGAACUCCAGUAACGUGCUGUGUGACUUGUUAAAGACGGUGGUGGCUGCAACCAAGAUGGCUGCCCUGAACUACCCAAACACAGCUGCCAUCCAGGAGAUGGUGGACAGAGUCACUGAUCUCUCACACCACUCACAGCAGUUCAAAGAACAGUUGCUCCAAAUGUCUAAUUUGUGAUUUUCAGCUGUUUCGCUCGUGUACAUUUCACCACAGACACCAUGUGUACAUUAAUCUAGCAUAAAUAUAUAUAUUUACAGUUUAUAUAUAUAUACAUAUAUAUAUAUAUUGCUCUACAUCUUUAAGCCUGUUUUGAAUGUUGUAAAUACUGUCUGUUCUGUAAAUAUUUGCUCUAUUUUUGUGUAGAUUGUUUUAUAUUAUGGUAUGACUAUAUAUGUAGAUGCAGUAUUGGUGUCUGUAGGAUCAUGUGGACAUUUUUCAUAACAUUCCUGUUGCAUAUUACGAAGCACCUUAUGAGAUGUCCUGUUGUUUAAAUUUCACCUGUAGACUGUCGUCGAUGUGUUUUACUGCUGGGUGUGUGACAGUAAAUCUUGUAAAUCGUGUUGAUGUCGAUGUGUGUUUGUGUGUGGUUUCUCCACAG